AUGCCAGUAGUGGCUCAGUAUAAAUACCAGCCACUCUCCCUGGCGGGCAGGGACCAGCAGCUCUGCUCCACCAGAAAUCAGUCUGGGGUUCAGGGCUGCAGGACGAAGCUUCUCACAGGCCUGAUUUUCUGCUCCUUGGUCCUGGGAGUCAGUAUCCAGGGCAGGUUUUCAUUCCUUGGUGAGGCUACUCGAAGAGCUGGGGACAUGUGGAGAGCCUACUCUGACAUGAAGGAAGCCAAUUACAUAAAUUCAGACAAAUACUUCCAUGCUGGGGGGAACUAUGAUGCUGCCCAGAGGGGACAUGGGGGUGCGUGGGCUGCUGAAGUGAUCAGCGAUGCCAGAGAGAAUAUUCAGAGACUCACAGGCCACAGAGCAGAGGAUUCACUGGCUGACCAGGCUGCCAACGAGUGGGGCCGGAGUGGCAAAGACCCCAAUCACUUCAGACCUGCCAGCGUGCCUGAUAAGUACUGA